AUGACGACCGCGUCCCCCUCGCAGGUGCGCCAGAACUACCACCAGGACUCGGAGGCCGCCAUCAACCCCCAGAUCAACCGGGAGCUCUACGCCUCCUACGUCUACCUGUCCAUGUCUUACUACUUUGACCGCAAUGACGUGGCUUUGAAGAACUUCGCCAAAUAUUUUCUUCACCAAUCUCAUGAGGAGAGGGAACAUGCUGAGAAACUGAUGAAGCUGCAGAACCAACGAGGUGGCCGAAUCUCACUACUGGAACUGCACAAACUGGCCACUGAUAAAAGUGACCCCCAUUUGUGUGACUUCAUUGAGACUCAUUACCUGAAUGAGCAGGUGAAAUCCAUCAAAGAACUGGGUGACCACGUAACCAACCUGCGCAAGAUGGGGCCUCCCGAAUCUGGAAUGGCAGAGUAUCUCUUUGACAAGCACACCUUGGGGAAACAGUGA